AUGGCAGUUUCGGAGGUUUGUGGGGAUACGAGUAUCAACUCAACUUUCAUGGGUGAAGUGAUGUCUUCAUACAAUUCACAUGAGGAUAGAAACAAUCUUUUGGAUGAGGUCGAUCGAAGCCCUCGCUCACCGAAUGCAAUAAGACCAUGCUUCUACAUAUUGCAGAUCUUGGGCAUGUGGAAACCUAAAAAUGGCAAGUUUGAAUUUUUAUGGCAAGUUUAUCGGGUGUUUGUGUAUAUCGUCUGGUUAGGAUGUCUCGCAUCUAUUAUGUGUUUGGAUUUUGUUCACUAUGGCUUUAAUACGAAAAGGAUUCAUUUCAGGGAAGUCACGAAUAGCGCUUGUACUUGCAUCGAUUUCCUGUGCCCUUUCGUGUUCACCCUGUAUUAUUUCAACCGCGGUCAGUUUGUAGAGUUGGUCUUCAAAGUACAGAAUGUUUCUCAUGGGUGGAAGCAGAAGUUACGCCGUAUUUCUCUCUGGUACACUCUGAUGUCUGUUAUUCUCUGGGUGCUCUGUGCCACAUUUUUCAUGGUUCACUGGUUUCCGUUCUUCUCUGAGUGGUGGCACUACGCAGUUUACAUACCCGCGGUUGUUUACAUCGCAGGCUGGUGGGCAACAUGGCUCAGUAUCUAUGGAUUUGUUUGCCAUGUCCAUAGUCUACAAAUUGACACCGUUAUAGAACAUAUGAGGAUGAGAGAACGCCGGCCAAUUUCCAUUUUACGAGAACACUUUGAGCUUCAGCAAUCAAUAGAGAAAACGCAGAAAGAUUUCACUGUCAUCAUUUCUAUGGCUGUAGCAUAUCAUAUAUUGGAUUUGCUAGUUUUUAGUUUUGCGUAUUUUAAUUCAGCCUUUGGUAGCGACUACCCUAUCUGGCAAUAUGUCGGUACUGUGCUUUUCGAUUUGCUUAGUAUUAUUUUCAAGCUCUACCCUCCGGCACUUGUGGCAGCAGCAUCACAUCGCAUUGUUGUAGAGGCUUCAAAAGGAUGCAGGAGAAGCCUCCACUUAGCAGACCUACCUACAGAAGAUAUACAGUUAUUUCAGUACAUGGCACUGUGCGAGCCAGACAUGGGUCUCAAAAUUCUUGGAAUUCGUAUCACUGUAGAAUUAACAGUGAAGAUUCUUAUGACAAUUGUCACUGCUGGUGUAUCAUUUAUAGCUUUUGUUAUACCACGACUUAAGUAG